AUGGCGUCGGUGCCGCCACGCUUCUUCCACUGCCCGCCACUGCAUGCGACGCAGCGCGAGGCUUACAUCCACCUCGCGCUAACCUCGUCCCAAGACACGCUUCUCAAUGCGCUGCACAUGCAGCGCGCGCGAGCGACCAAAGUGUGCACGAGCAAGACCACUGGCGCCACGGCCCGCAUCUGCCGUGGCCGCGAUCGCCUCGACAAGAGCGUGCAGGGCGCCGUUGCCUCGACACAGCUCCACGGCUGCCGGCUCGACGACGUCGUCGCGUACUUUGAGUUGGAUCAACUGCUUCAGCAAAAGGCCUUGGGCCUCGUCAACGGCCAGACGCUGUAUACGCUCGUCGACCGCUCGCAGACGCAGCCCAUGCACUAUGUCGGCCUGCACUGGGUCGCGUGUGCGAGCCCGCUCGUUGGCGUCGCGCCGCGCGACUACUGUGUCCUCGAGUAUCAAGAUGCGUUCGUGUAUUUUGACGAGGUGUGCGGCAAGGAGCGCCGCGGCUGGCUGCGCAUGCUGCACUCGAUCCCAUCGCCGUCGUGCCCGUCGCUCCGAAGCUCGCACGGCCUGGUGCGCGCCGAGCUCUUCCGCUCGGGACAUGUCUUCAUCGAGACCGACACGCCGGGUGUGCUCGACUACCACCAUGUGCUCUGUGCAAAGCUCCAUGGGUCGCUACCUCAGUUUCUCGCGGCCAAUACCAUCGUGUCCCAAGUGAGCCAGGUCUUUUGCCGGCGCUGCUGCCGCGUGCGCGGCGACGACUAUAUUUGUGCUGCGUGCGAAGCGCCUCAGUUCACGCUAAGCCGCGCCGAGCGCUCGGUCAAGGUGCGCCCGAGCUUGCGGGCCACGCAGGCAACCGACCGAUCGACGCAGUCGUCGCUCCUCGGUGACGUCGCCUUCUCCGACCCGACACCCGAUGACGCGGCGUGCGCCAUCGAGGGCACGUUCACCUUUAUUGCGUCGUCGCGCUCGCUCGUUGUGCAGCCAGAGAUUGCACUUCUCGAACCCGAGCCAACGACUCCAUUGCCGCCCGUCGAGCGCAAGCGAACGCUCUCGGACGGUGUCGUGCCGCUCUUACAGCACACGCAGCGCGACGCGGCGCAGGCAUCCACGAAGAAGCUCUUCGUGCUCUAUGAAGACCCGCUACGACCACUGGAGCCAUCGGCGCUCGACGAGACGCUUGGCACCGCGCGCCUCGCACUGCAGAGCCAACGAAGCAACCAAUUGUACAGCAUUUUGCGCUCCAAAUACGACGCGCCGGACGGGACCGAGCACCGAAAGAAGGUGAUCGAGCGUCUCUGCGUCGACCUGCUGCGGCCCAACGAGACGACGACACCGACGGCCUCGGUAUAG